CUCUCAAUCCAUCAAUCCUACAUUUCCCCAUCUCUCCCCCCCCUCCCUCUCUCUAAACCUUCAUCUUGUUCUCCCAAGACGGAGGAAAAAACAUAGACAAAUACCAUGGCUUGGCGAGGUGCUGAAGCCGCGCCAAAGCGUUCAGCUUUGGCCCUUGCCAUAGCCGUAGUGAUGUUGUUUCCGACCGCCAUUCUCGCAAAGGGCGCGAGCAGACCAUCGUCGACGACAAAGAAGUCCGUCAUGAAUGUGAUCGACGGGUGUUGGAGACGGGACCCCAACUGGAGGCACCACAGGCAGCAGCUGGCUAGAUGCUCCGUGGGCUAUGCCGGAAAGAUGACCAACAACAUCGGCCCGAACGUGACGCGCUACAAGGUGACCGACGAUGGGGACGAUGGGUUGGAUCCGAGACCGGGAACCUUGAGGUACGGAGCGACGAGGAUCGAAGGAAAAGUGUGGAUCACUUUCCAUAAGGACAUGCAAAUCAAACUUGAGAAACCGCUCCUGGUUAGCAGCUUCACUGCCAUUGAUGGCCGAGGCGCCAACGUCCACAUUGCAGGUGGUGCAUGCCUGGUAUUGCUCGGGGUGACAGACGUAAUCAUUCAUGGUUUGAGAAUCCACAACUGUGAGACGCAUGAGGCAGAGGAGGUGAUGGGUCCGGAAGGGAACGUAGUGAGGAUAGAUUAUCCGGACGGGGAUGCGAUAUCGGUGAUCCAAUCGCGAAAGGUGUGGAUAGACCAUAAUACCCUCUACGAAUGCGCGGACGGACUAAUUGAUGUCACUCACGGCUCCACCGACGUCACCGUCUCGAACAACUGGUUCAGAAAUCACGACAUGGUCAUGCUCUUGGGCCACCACGAUGACUAUGUUGAGGACCGAAACAUGAAGGUCACUGUCGCCUUCAACUAUUUCGGCCCCGAUUGCGAUCAACGUAUGCCAAGGGUCCGUCAUGGAUUCGCACAUGUUGUAAACAAUCUCUACCAGGGCUGGGGCUUGUAUGCGAUUGGGGGAAGCACGAAACCAAGCAUCAAGAGUGAAGGAAAUAUCUUUAUUGCACCAAAUACAGACUUAAAAGAGAUAACGAGGAGGAUUAUAGGGAACGGACCACGUGGUUGGAAAUUUGCAUCCACGAAGGAUUUAUUUGAAAAUGGAGCUACCUUCACUCAGACAGGCGAUGCUCUUGUCGAUGUAGAUCCACGCUACAGUCGUCUACAGGCAUUCCGAGUGGAAAAGGCGGCAUCUGUGAGGUUGUUGACAUGGUCGGCCGGCGUCUUACGUUGCCGUAAAAGAUCCCAUUCUAAAUGUUGAUCACAGCCAAACUAUGAAGCUUAAGCUGUUUUUAGAUAAUGAUGCAUUUGUUGCCCGAUUGUGUUAUUUGUUUUGGCUUAUGGGCCACGCAGUUUGUCUGUUUUUCUUAACUAUAAGAAUUGAGUUUUUUUCCGGAAAAAAAAAAAGAUGUGGUAA